CUGGGCAAUUUGUCUCAGUCUCCCAAAAUUGUGCAGAACUGAGGCCGUGGAACUUAAAAGAACGUCAAGCAGCAGUAUGAAACAUCUGGUAGUGCCAACUCCUUCUGAGCAUAAUUGGAAUGACAAUGAUGAAAAUGACUAUUAUCUAAAAGAUCCAGAACAGCUGUUUGAUGAGUUACCCCAGCCUUUCAGGAUGAUUGAUAAGUUAAUUGGCCGCAUUAUAGAGAAUGCUUGUGAAAUCAUUGAAGAAAGGGAAGCACAAAGGGAAGCUGAAAGAUUAAAGAAAAAAAUACCUUUGUGUGAAUCAUCAGAGGAGAUUCGGGUUCCUGGCAAUGUAAAUUGCCUUGCGAGUUCUGUGGAUGGAAGUUACGUUUUUGCUGGGCUUUCUGAGGGAGUGGCAGUUCUGAACAUGGAGGAUCACACUGUUAAAACCGUUUGGAAGACAGAAGAUGUUGAGAUUGUUGCAAUUCAAGUAAAGAGUGUUGGAAGCCAGCUUUAUGUGCUUGCUGCUGUAGAUGACAUGGGUUUGGCACAUCUUCUUUUUUAUUACAGUGACAUAUUUUCCUUGAUCAAAGUUUUCAAUGCAUCUGAGAAUAUAAGUGAAAGAAACACAUGCAGUAAAUUUGAAUUAUCAGAUGGUGGAGACUAUGCUGGUGUAACUCUUGAAGCUAAAGGUGAGUCUUGGCUAGAGGUGUAUCGACUGAUGAAAGACAGUUGGAUUCAAGAGCUAGACCAGUUUCUAAAGCUAGUGGAACUUAGUGAGCAAACUGAGCAAAUGAAUCCACCAAAUCCACAAGAUAUUAAAUUGACACCUCCAGUUCUGGUGUUGAAAGUAAGACCCAAGCAGAUCACAGAUUGCCUGUGGAAAAAUCCGUUUGAUGCUAUUCUGAAGCUUGAUGAUGGAAACAUUAUUGGUACAGGCCAAAACCAUGUUAUUACUACACAACAAUGGAAUGAAGAAAAGAAAAUAUUUGAAGAAAUGUAUGAGACCUAUCUAUCUAAAGACACCACAGAAGAGAGUGAAGAAAAGCAAAGUCAACCAACAUUUCAUUUUCUCAACCUUGGACGGCUACUUCCAGUGGGUCUGGAGCAGAAAACUCAAGCUGGUCUACCCAAUGACUUGUGUGUGUGGUGGAGCGGCAGCCAUGUUCUAUUUCAUUACAUACUGAAAGUACCAGGAUCAAAAGAAAAGAUGGAACUGGAACCAAAAGCUAAUAUUGUCUGGCCAAAUGCUUCUCCAAUCACCUGUUCUGCUGGGGAAAUUUGUGCAUCUCUCCUGGUGAUUGGUCUUACAGAUGGAACAGUGACAGUAUGGGAUUUGUACAUGGGCAUCCCAAUAUCAGUCUUGCCAGUUUCAGUUGACAGUGCUAUCAGGAGUCUGCAUAUUCUAGAGCCCAGCUAUUGUGUUCCCUCUGCAUCACUGGAUGGAUAUUCAAAAUCACAAAUAUUGGCAACCUGCAAAAGUGGUGCAGUUUACCUCAUUUCUGCCACUGCGCACUCCAAAGAUACUAUUACCACAUUGAGAGAGAGAACUGAAGAACCAGGAAAUAUCAUCAGUGCAGUAGCACUUGUACCACAACUCUCAAGCCAGUUUCUUCUCAUCCUUAGAAAUGGCACCAUGGCUUUGUUGGACUGCAUCCAUGGGGAUACUUUGUGCCACUAUACGGUCCCUUUCCCACAUGUGGUGGCAUCACCCUGGAAGCCAAUAUUUGCUUUUGACAGAGAUGGCAAUUUCCUCUUUAUCAAAGGAGAUAAAAGGAUAAGCAAAGAGACCCCCGACCAAGAGGAGAGCAGCAGCUCAUUAUUUGCCUUCUCCUUGCUUUCUCUUUUUCCACUGGAUAAGUGCACAAAGAAGAAAGAGCUUCGACAGCCUCCCACACGGACUACUUGGGAAAUAAGAUGUGAACAGUUUUUACAGGAAAGGUUGAAGUCUGUGAAGAAGAGAAAUGAAGAAAUGACGAAGUGUUGGAAUCAGCUUCAGCAUCAUGCCAUGUUAAUCAUGAAUGGAGAGGGAUUUAAAAAAAGACAGUAUGUCCAGUAA